UUACGAUGCCUGCCUACGCCAAGGCAUCCCCAAACCAAUAAGCUAGUUAGCUAGCGUUAUUUUUUCCUAUGGUUUCUUAGGAAUCGUUUUUAAAGGUAGAAGUGGUCGACAUGGUCUGACUGUAAGACUCCUGGAGGCUAUGAGUGUACUCGGAUGGCUGUGUAGGAUGCUGUGCGGCGUCGUCUGUGUGAGUGCAGAAGCGCAGUCGAGUUGUCAGCUCCGCUCGGUUUGUGGUAGCUAGCAAACAAGCUCGGCUAGCUGCGUUAGCCAGCUAGGUGGGAGCUGCGCCUUCGAUGACAGAUUUUAGCGGACAUUCAGAAGAGCGGAAAUGAAGUGAGAAGAUAAGGGUGCCAUCGGUUCCUGUGAUCUGUGCCUCAAAUACACCCUAACUGCAUGGCCUAUGCGCUGCUGAGUUAGUAACGGGCCUUUGUGUGAGGAAGGGCGAGCCAGGUGCUCAGCCUGAGAGAAAGAGAGAGAGAUGGCUGUGCAGAACAGGAACGCAGUGCUGGUUCUGUCCGGGCGAGAGCGCGGAUCCCGGAUGUUGGGCUCCCAGCGGCUUUUGCAGCAGCUGGUGGAAGAAAGGACUCGCUGGAUGAAACUGCAGAGUCAGAAAGUGGAACUUCCGGAUAACCCUCGCUCAACAUUCUUGCUGGCCUUCAGCCCAGACAGGAAUCUCAUGGCCUCCACUCAUGUCAACCACAACAUCUACAUCACAGAGGUGAAGACAGGAAAGUGCCUGCACUCUCUGGUGGGUCACCGGCGGACCCCGUGGUGUCUGACAUUUCACCCGACUAUCCCAGGCUUGGUGGCCUCAGGGUGCCUUGAUGGAGAAGUUCGUAUCUGGGAUCUUCAUGGUGGCAGUGAGAGCUGGUUCACAGAAGGGAAUGUAGCCAUUGCGUCUCUGGCCUUCCACCCCACUGCGCAGCUUCUGCUCAUAGCCACCAACAACGAGCUGCACUUCUGGGACUGGAGCCGUCCUGAACCUUUCGCUGUAGUCAAAACUGGCAGCGAGACUGAGCGUGUCAGGCUGGUAAGGUUUGAUCCUCUUGGCCACAAUCUAUUGACGGCUAUUGUGAACCCAUCCAACCAGCAGAAUGAGGAAGACUCCGAUGUUCCUAUGGACAGCAUGGAAAUGGCACUGUUCCGUCAGCGUUCCUUGUUACGCUCUCCUCCAGUUCGUCGCACCCCAAUCUUGCACAACUUCUUACACAUUCUUUCCUCACGCUCCUCUGGAGCGGCCGCUGGGGACCAGGCCCGGGCUCCACCAGAGCCUCAUGAGCCUCCAGCCAGCAUGCCACUCUUCCAGUAUCCUGGUCGGGGAGCUGAGUUGGGUGAUCACCCUUCGCAGCAGGGCUGUACUCAACACCUGGGCCUUGGCUGCCUGUGCAGCCGCUGCACUGCAUCUCAAAAUGUUCUUGGGCAGAACCCCUCUCCUUUAGCACCUUCAGACUCCCCCCGCCCUCAUUCACAUCCGCAGACUCACGCCCCAUCGGGCCCAUCAGCCUUCUCCACCGCUCCCAGCCAGUCCCGGCCUUCUUCAGAGAGGCCAUCUGCUUUUAGUAGCGUAUAUAGUGCAGCUGCGGGAACUUCACUGCACAGAGGCCUUUCGUCUCUCAGAACUAGCUUACCCUUGGGCCCACAGUCAGGUAGUCCCCUGGAGCCGGUGCGUCUGCCUGGGGCAGAGUGGUCCGGCAGCCUCCUGAGCGCAGGGCCUGAAGCUGCCCUUGGUGCUGCUGCUGUGGGUAUCGGGGCCAGGAGUGUUGUGCUCCCUCCCAGGACUAGCUCCUCAUCCAUGGGCAUUCACUCUUUGCAUAGAUACCCUGAUGGCUCCUCUUCCUCCCCCAUUUACACUUCUGCCACUGAGGGCCGUGGCUUGGUGAUGCCCGGCACAGACCCCAGGCAAGGUAGAGCCAACGAUGGCACCAGCAGUGGUCAUCACCCUUUCUACGACAACGCCCAGCGGAACAACCCUGCAUCCAUUCGGAACGUUCUCCAGUGUAACCUGAGCCGGUACUUUAUGGAAUACGAGCGAAUGCAGGACCUAGAGAGACCCGGUGGCAGCCGAGAGGUGGCUGGUCAAGGUCCAGUGCAGGAGCUGUUAGCCAGCAGUAUCGACUCUGAGAGACCCGGGCCUUCCCACAGGAGCUCCUCUCACCCUGCAGAUGGUACCAGCAGUACCGGACCGCCUCACAGCCACCCAAACCGCUGCCGCUCAUGUCACAACCUUCUCACCUUCAAUCACGAUACCCAGCGCUGGGAGCCCUCGGGCCAGGCCUCCUCCACCUCCGCUCAGGAGAGCGCUCCCUGGCAGCUGCCUGUUCCUGCCUUUGAUGACCCUGCUCAGAGCUCCAGAGGGGAGUCCCAUGCCCCGGAAAUGAGAGCGAUGGACCCUGCGGAGUCGUCUUCCAGUCUGCGUGGACAACAGCCCAUGGGCCUGGUGUACAAUCAGGAGACGGGCCAGUGGGAGAGAGUGUAUCGCCAAGCCACGGCCAGCCCUGCCACAGAAGCAGCGCAAGAAGCCUUAAACCCAGAGGUGCCUGUGGACAACCCUGAUGAAGACUCCCUCAGAAGGAGGCUUUUAGAGUCAUCACUCUUUCCUUUCUCCCGCUAUGACAUGUCCGGCUCCCGGGAUCAUCCUAUCUACCCGGAUCCUGCCAGGUUGUCUCCAGCUGCAUAUUAUGCUCAGAGAAUGAUCCAGUAUCUGUCCCGGAGAGAAAGCAUUCGUCAGCGCUCUUUACAGAACCGCCUGCGCACUCUCUCAUCUUCCUCUGACAACCAGGCUGGCAACCCUUCCUCUGCACCAACAGAGGGCAGUGAUGCUGAUUAUGAGGAGAUAGAGGAGCCUGGAGACAGGACAAGACACAGAAUGCCCCGUAACGCACGAAUGUCUGCACCCUCCCUUGGCCGCUUUGUGCCACGGAGGUUCCUGUUGCCUGAAUAUCUUCCUUAUGCUGGUAUUUUCCAUGAGAGGGGUCAAUCAGGCCUGGCAACCCACUCCUCAAUCAACAGAGUGUUAGCAGGUGCAUCAAUUGGUGAUGGCCAGUCGGCAGUGGCCAGUAACAUAGCCAACACUACUUACAGGCUGCAGUGGUGGGACUUCACCAAGUUUGACCUGCCUGAGAUCAGCAAUGCUUCUGUGAAUGUGCUGGUUCCGCAUUGUAAGAUCUAUAAUGACGCUAGCUGUGAUAUAUCAGCGGAUGGGCAGCUCUUGGCCGUGUUUAUACCCAGCAGUCAGCGGGGCUUUCCAGAUGAGGGCAUCCUUGCAAUCUACUCUCUUGCCCCACACAACCUGGGAGAGAUGCUCUACACCAAGAGAUUUGGUCCCAAUGCCAUCUCAGUCAGCCUAUCUCCAAUGGGCUGCUAUGUGAUGGUGGGAUUGGCCUCUCGCAGGAUAUUGCUCCAUCCUACCACUGACCACAUGGUGGCACAAGUGUUCCGCCUACAGCAGCCCCAUGGUGGAGAGACCUCCAUCAGGAUGGUGUAUAAUGUGGUGUACCCAAUGGCCCCAGACCAGCGCAGACAUGUCAGCAUUAACUCAGCGCGCUGGCUGCCUGAACCUGGAAUGGGUCUGGCCUAUGGGACCAACAAAGGAGAUCUGGUUAUCUGCAGACCUGUUGAUUACCGGAGCGAUGGAGACAACAGUGCUGACCAAAGCACAGAUCCUCUUUUCAACAUCAACAGCAGCAGCAGCAGUCGCACUCGUGGAGUGGAGCGCCCAGGGACAAGUCGGUCUGGCUGGCGUUUGGACAGGGACAUGGGUCUGAUGAACGCAAUUGGCCUACAGCCAAGGCAGCCCACCCCCUCAGUGACCUCACAGGGCACGCAGACACCGGUGGUGCGUCUACAGAACGCAGAGACGCAAACAGAGAGAGAGCUUCCCUCAACAAGUGUGUUUCAGACUAUACACACACCCCGACACUUGGUGGAGACUAAUGAGGUACAGACCACCAGCACAGAGAGACUGGCACAUGGUGAGAUGCGGCACAUGUCAGAAUCCACUCUGGCCCAUGGAGCAGCUUCCCGUGAAACCUCUACUCAUACUGACUCACUGACUGCUAACCAUGGGGAAUCCCAGGCAGAGUCUGCUUUGGGGGAGGAUGCUCUAUCCCGAAUCCGCCGCUUGAUGGCAGAGGGAGGGAUGACAGCAGUGGUCCAGAGAGAGCGUAGCACCACUAUGGCCUCCAUGGGUGGCUUCGGCAACAACAUUGUGGUCAGUCAUCGCAUUCACCGUGGUUCGCAGACCCCAGCUGGAACAGCACAGCCCAACCACCCAGAGCCCAGCCCCAGCACAGGACAGAUCUUCUCAGACACUUCAGGAGAUCCUGCUCCUUCAGGGUCUCUUCCAUUAGAAAUGCCCUCUACUUCUGCUGUUCUGUCUUCAGGCUCUAGCACAGCAUUAGAGGCGGCAGCACCUCCUGUGACCAUGGAGGAUAUGUUGGAGGACAGUCAGGUGGAAGAGCCCCAGCCCUCCUCCAGUAGAGCAUAUACAUCAAACAUGCGUAGCAACAAUAACCGCAGCAGCAAUGGUCACGAGAGUAGCAGCAGAGAUUACUCUGACGACCUCUACAGCAGAUAGUGCUACCUCGGGCUGUCGUAGAAACAUACACAUCUCAUUGUAGCAGGCUGGUCUGCAUAUGACAGGCUGUGAAAGGUUCUUUCGUAGAACCUGAUGGAUUGGAACACUUGGGUGGAACUGUGUGCCUGUGUUUUUGCCUCCUCCUGCUUUGGCCUUAUUUGCAAUAGAAUGAGUGCCAAGUUUCCAUGCCGCCUCCCUUCGGAGGAGACGUCAGCCUGCCUCUCAUACAAAACAUUUUACAGACAUUUUUCUUUGUUGAAGGCCAUCAUUAUUGCACUUGGUCAUUGCACUUCAUUUGUAGUUUUGCUUCCUUUGAUACAAGUCUUGGACAUUUGAUCAUUCCAUGCCAGAAAGGGCUUCUACUUGAGUUAUUCUUGUACUGGGGUACGGAAUCGGUGGGGUUCAGUUUACUGCUCUUUCAAGCGUCGUCAGUGUCAUCCACAACCAAUCAAAGUGCCAGGCAAGGCUGCGGGAACAGGUCUGCUGGUUCACGUUUGCCUCAACCAGGGCAGACGGACCAUAUGUUCAUUUCUGUAAACAAAUCAUUUUAGCUCGAGGAAUGGAGCAGAGCUGUAGGGACUCUGUCAUUAGGCACUGCUAGCUGUUAAUUCUGUAAUUAUCAUGUGUUCCUCCACUGUUAGAUGUUGGUUGUGUUUUUGCAGAGCAGAGAUUAUGAUGACAGUGAUGUAAUGGUUCCACAUUUAGCCUGUCCACUCAGAUGUUCAGGAUUUUUGACAAACAGCAUGUUCGGAGGGUGCGCUUGAAGCAACAUUACGUUUUCGCCAAAAUGUUUUACAAGGAUAGCUUUCAUGUUACUUUGUCUUUGGCUUGGACAAAAAUAUAGCUAUGGUUUAGUUAUUAACUGGAAAUGAGGCGUUUCAGUUUUACAAACUGCCAAUGUGUAAAGAUAACCAUGAGUUUAUGUAAGAUUUUUUUUUUUUAAAUACUGUUGAAAAGGCCCAAAAAACAAAGCUAUCACCAUGUCAGUAAUCUUUGCCUGCAGGGGGGUAUCUGGAAUGGCUGGGUUGGUUUGCUUGUUGGGCUCCAUUCCCCUGAGACAAUGCUGCUUGUGCUCACUUAUUUUCAGCCUGCGAUUUCUAACUAACGGUUCUGUCUUGAUCCCACCAGUUACAGCAUGCCUAGGACACCUAAAGUGACAACUAGUAUCUGAUUGCACUAAACACCCUGGUUUCUCUCCAAACUACCCAGGCGGGGAUGAGUCGUCACACAAGGACAGACAGGACAUAUCUCCCUUAACAAAGCUGGGUAUAGGAGAAAUGAUACUUGAAUUUGAAUUAACAUACAGUAGAAUAUCUCUAAUGAGUGAGGCAAAGUAUUCUUGCCAGAAAAACAGCCUUGAACCAGCUAUUGCGCUGAAACACACACAUUGCGUAAAAUGACUGAAGAGGGCCCGUGUGCUUGUGCGUGCGUGAACUACUGUGCAUGAGUGGUUGCAUCACAGGUAAGUGUAGCAUCUCCAAACGAUGAAUCAAGAAAAAGACUUGAAAGCGCAAAAUGUUCUCUUUUUGUUUUUAACUAGAUUAUAGUGUGUCUGCUCUGUGCAUCCCCUUGCUUCUGAAGUUCAUGUAUUUCUGGUCAGAGAUAUCUUAUGUAGAUAUGUGGACCUACUGUGGACUUCAUGCAAGCAUUACAAGUGGGCUGGUUUGAUUUUAUUUGGUGUCUGUCAAACUGAGCCUGUGGUUCUUUUAAUAGUUUAAGUAAAUCUGACAAUGUGUCUUUCAGUAGUCCCCCUUUUUAGCUGACUAGUAUGUAUCCCUAGUUUUUGCCACCAUAAAGAAAAGCUGAAGGACCCUCACCUUCUCACUGUUAAAUGCCUUUCAUUAUGGGAGAUUUGGUCAGUGUUGGAUUUCAUGCGCCACGUUUUCAUAUGGAGUGUGAGUGAGUGAGAGCAUUGAGUCGUUGAGAAAUUAUUUGUGACUUGACUGUCAAGCCUAUAUGCCUUUUAAGCUUUGAGUGGUUUUGAUUGCAAUUGUUUAAAAUGUUAGUAGAACUAAAAAUUCAUUGUUGGUGCUGUUUGUUUAUUUAUUUUCCACUUUAUUAGGUUAGCCUGGUACAGUCGUCGAAGAAAAGCUUCUGAUUGAAUUUCUGUGUUUUUUUUCCCCCAAACACUGUUACUGAUCUGAGAACUGAAAUAGAGCAAUAUGUGAUGAGGACACGGGGACAAAAUAGUUAUUCAGCAAAUCAUUCACUUUCCAUAUGUGACUGUAUCCUCUGUUCUCAUUUUUUUUUGGUUAAAUCUACUCAUAUAGAUCAGUUCAUAAGGGUUACUUUUUCACUUUAUAAUUUGCCUAUUUCAGACCAUGCAGUACACUUUGAGUUUGAGAUGUCUUGUGUUUCUAGGGUUUGUUUGUGUUUUAGGCUUUCUUGAGAAGCUUAUGUACAUAUUGGUGAACUGAAGCAUAUGGAAUUAGAGAAGAUACCAGCAAUGUAAAACAUGAUGUAAAGUGACAGAUAUGCAUUACUGACUCUGCCAGUUUUAAUGUCUUCACUGCUGGGUCAGUGCUGAAGAAAUCAAAGGCAUGAUAGGUGGCAAAAAAACUAAAAAAAACACGACUUAAAAUUCCCCUUUUCCUCAAAUGCGAGGAGAUUCUUUUAUCAAGUAAAGAAGUGUGAAGUUAAUUCUUUUACUAUCUAAUAUAGGGGUUAGGUGUUUGUUUAACAAAGUGCUGUGGGACACCAAAGAUCCAGUGUUAUGAUGAUGGUUAAAAGAGAUUUAAUAAAAUGGGAAUAUUGAAAGUA